GCAUUGGUGGGCGGGUCUUGGAUAUUGCCGCGCGCGCUGACGCGAGAUCCGGUCCCAGUAGUGUCUCCUCUCACUGCUUGUUUGGUGAACUUCAGUGCAACAAAUAUUUCUGAUGCAAUGUUUGCCUUUUCUUUUUUGUCGACUGGUUAUCUAUAAUCAUUAAUGAGAGAGUAGUGCGUUUGUCAAGAAGUACAUUUAGAAGAAGAGACAUUCAUUUGAAUGACGUGUGUUGUGUGUCACAGUUGGCCCUAGGCCAAAAGUGUGGGAAUUGGAGCUAUCAUAUGUUAUAUCAAGCAAGCUACACACACUUUGUGUGUUACCUUACAAUUACAUUACAGACACAUAACGUACUUCAGUUUCAAUAGCGUUUAGUGUUAGUUUAGGCUACUUUUAACCAAAAUGUAAGUCUCUUAAGACUACACAAACUUUUAUGAAAGUAGGUUAUGUCUAAACUUCAAGGACUGUUCUCAGGGGGUCCCAUUGUGUGACUCGGCGGGGGGUUUGUAGAGAAAGAGGCAGGAUUUGAACCAGCGCUUGUCAGCUUUGUUGGGAGGGGCCAGCUCACUAAUGAGCUGAGCUGCUGGCCUCGGUCCUCUGAACAACAUGCCUGUGCCUUGCAACAGCUCCAGGCUUGCAUGCACCCAGAAGAACUCACGACAAAGUGAUGUAAACUUUUACUAUCUGCGAUGAACUUGGAAACUAAUCCGCUGUCCUCAUUGGUCGCCAGACAUGAAGAGAUCGCACCAGUUUCAAGAGCCUGAAUGGGGUGAAGGCGAGGAAGGACAUAACGGUACCACACCGGGCGGAUUAGCCUCCGCCUGCUAACGUCAACACUGAGCACAACACUAGUGUGACUAGUCGUCAGCCAUGGAGUGGCUAACUUUGUCCAAGUACUCUUGGUUUGACUUUGUGUUCUCCGUGGUCGGGGUGUGCACCUUCUUGUUUGACUGGGGGUCCGACGUGUGGGUCGCCACCGAGUUUUAUUCCCGCGGGGAUUUCUUCUGGUUCGGGGUGCUGGUCGGCUGGAUGCUCCUGUCCUCUAUCGUGGUCCAAAUGUUCAGCUGGUUCUGGUUUAAGUACGACCGGGACUCGGAGGGGUCCUGCGCUGACACGAAAAACGUUCUCUUCGGCGACCACGUUAAAAUCUCUUGUCUACUUCACGUACUCCAGCUCGGCUUCUUUUGCAGGCACAUCUCGGCCAUCUGGCAUGGCUUCCGGGUGUGGUGGCGCAAGGAGCAGGGCGCAGAGUACGCCGUGUACCUGACCCAUGACCUCAGCAUGCUCCGACUCAUCGAGACGUUCUGCGAGAGCGCGCCCCAGCUCACCCUCAUGACCUACAUCAUGCUACACACCAACCAGGCCAGAACCGUACAAUGUGUGAGUGUGGCGGCCUCCACCUCCUCCAUCGUGUGGAUGGUGGUGGACUACCACCGCUGCCUGCGCUCCUUCCUGCCCGACAAGGCCAACCAGGGCUGGGGCUCGGCGGCCGUCUACUUCCUGUGGAACCUGCUGCUGAUCGCGCCGCGCGUGGCGGCCGUGGCGCUCUUCGCCUCCGUCCUGCCCCGCGCCGUGGGCGCCCACUUCCUGCUGCUGUGGCCGGCGCUGGCGCUGUGGGCGUGGCUCCAGCGGACGGACUUCAUGGAGAGCGCGGGCGGCGAGUGGCUGUACCGCGCCACGGUGGGGCUCAUCUGGUACUUCAGCUGGUUCAACGUCAGCGAGGGCCGCACGCGGGGGCGGAGCCUCAUCUACCACGGCUUCAUGGCGACCGACGGGCUGGUGCUGGGGGCCACCUGGUGGGCGUACCGCGACCCCGCGGUGACGCGGCCGUACGACCGCGCCCUGGCCGCCGCGCUUCCCGCCUCCUACCUCGCGGGGCUGGCCCUCAGGGCCCUCUACUACUACCGCUUCCACCCCAAGCUGGGCCCCCGCAGGCCCCCCCCGGGGCUGGCCCUGGAGGUGCCCGACAGCGGGGCCGUGGGAUUCAGGACCUUCGCCCCCGACCAGGAAGGCGUCUCCUCGCCGCCGCCGUUGCGCAACGCCAGGAUGUACCGACACGCCGCACAUUUCUACUCGGCAGAGGGAGGGAUGAGUGAGGGGGGAGGACAUGAGGCGUGCGCCGCGGGUGUCGUAUGAGCGGCGGUGAGGUUCGGAGGGGAAGUGGCGCUGCUGCCCUGUGGAAUGCUGGGAAACGACAUGCCAUCCAGGGUCGCCCGCAGAACAUGUGAUGGUUAAGGUGGGGGGGUUUGCCCGGGGGGGCUGGGGUGGGGGGGGGGGGUGAAACUAGUCAGAGUCAAGAUCAAAGUCACAGUCAAAGAAUUUGUGCAAUUUGAACUUGAAAGAAAGUGCCAAACAAAAUUGUCUAAAUAACCACGGAAACAAGGACGGUUAAAGAAUUUGUGCAUCGUUAACUUUAAAAAUAUUCAAAACCAACCUUUUUUUUCAUGACGUCAUAGUCAAGGCGGCAGGCGUGUGUUGCCUAGGCGACCGCCCGAGCUGUGAAGUGCCGUGGGAAACCUUGCCAUCUCUUGCCUCUUUUUUUUAUCACCUUGGUCAAAUAAGGACUUUAUGCAUGUUUAAAAAGGACGUAAAAAAAACAACGAAUGAACCUGCCGAUGCAGUCUGUUUCAUGCGGUGUCAUGCUGUGGUACUUCAAUCAUCUUACUUCAUAAGUUCCACAAGUCGAGAAGCUAUAUUUUUUUAUUGUUUACAACCUUGAGUACAUUCGUCACUGAUGAAAAAGCGAAUAUCCCUCCACUGUGCCAGGCUAUGGGCCUCAUUGAUUGUAAGAUAUUUAUUGAGUGUUUUCCGUGACUCUAAACACUGUUACACCUGUUCUUACUUUUAAUGGUUUGGUUUUUUUUAAACUUUAUGGAUCAACAUGUUUUAAAAUGUAUUCUUUGUGCGAUGCACCAAAGGAAUUUUACAAAGCAAGAUGCCUUUAUAUGGAAUGUACUAUAAUGUCAACCUUUAAGAAUCAAUCACACACAGGUCAAAACUGUCCUCGGCUAUUGGAAGGUUUUUGGAUCACAUUGAGCUCCAGAUCUUUGGCCAUAACAAAGCCGAAGUGAGCAUUUUGGCCAAACAAGCAUGUUUGAAUGUGAACGCACCCAUCUCACUCCACUGCCUGCAGGACUUUUCUUUAUUUGAAGUGCGCCACCACAUAAAACCUCUGUUUCCUUUGGAAUAAGUGGAACCACUGCUUAUGUACUGUGUACUUUGUCAAUAAAGCAGCCUUUGUUUUCUAUGUUUCAACUGAUCAGCCUUGGAGACUGGGACAACCCUGUGUGUGGUUAACUUUGUGCUGCUUCAGCUCAUGGCUAUUAGGGUCGGUGGAAUGCCCAAUUCUGGAUCAAUGUGUCAUUCAAAAAUGGUUCAACAAUAUUGUCCAAAGGAUAACCGUGACAAUUAAAAGUAAUGUGGGAUAUAUUUGUCGAUAUGUGUU